AUGACCGGAUUCAAGCUCCUCAAGCGGGUUUUCGCUGCCAUGACGGACGACGAUGACCAGGGGGUCACACUGCAUCGUGAUGGGCCUGCUGAUGAUAGUGAUAGCGAAGACGGGGUGAACCUGGACGACAUGCUCGGGUACAUGCAGCAUCUGAAACAGCAAGGGGUGAAGCUCGGCAAGAAGAAAAAGAAGAAGCAGGCUCGUAUGAAAGAUCUCUUGGCGCAGGGCGAUGACACUGCUGGGCCUUCGAACUCACCUACUAAUGAAGUCGCUCCUGCUUCUGCGGCGGAACCUACGCCUGCUACUAUGACCGCCGUAGCACCUACCGCCGUAAUCGAUCGUGCCGCCCCAACCGUUCCCUCGCCUCUCACUGCGAGUGCCGGUACUGCUGCCGUAGCAACGACUGCCGUUUCCACUGCUGGACCCGCGAGUACGGAACCUACCCCUGCCGUUACCAACCCGGUGGCCGUCUCGGCUCCAACGGUUGUCCUCGCAGUGGACGAGGCUACCACGAAUGCUGACACUUCCGCCAUUACCGCCUCAGCUGCUGAUGACGCAACACGCGGAUCGACUGCCGGCCGAGUGAUUGCCUCAUCGUUGGGGUUUGCCAUCCCAGUGAAUCACCGCACCAUCGUGCCGGCCGAGCAAGCAGUAGCACAAGAGACCUUCCGUCUGCAGGGACAACUCGACGACCUGCGAACAACGCUGAGGCGCACGCAGGAGCGCGAGAGAGAGUUGUCGAACCUUCUCUCGGAGCGGGACGCCGAGCUGGCAGCGCUCAACCAGCGGUGUGCUGAGGCCAUCCGGUUGAACGAGCAGCUCCUGCAGGACCUGUCCGCCGCCCAGGGUACGGCACUCAUAUGUGCCCCGCGUCCGGCAUCGCCCUCGUUCAAUAUGGAGCGGAUCCCUCGCGACGCCAACGGAGCACUCAUUAUCCCUGCCCUCGUCAGUCAUGACAAUCAUUUCGGGAAAAAGGCAACCGAGGCGAUCACGUAUCUUAUGCUGGAUGCGCCAGCUCGUUCCAUGCAGUUCUACCCCGAGUGGGCAGAGUUCCGCGAGGUCAUCUGUAUGAAGUACGAGGCCGCGGGAGUUUCAUCAGACGUUUUCUACUACGUCAUCAGCAACGACCCCAACAAAGAGGCGCUGGCGAUGCGGAAGGUGUCGGAGAGGCGUUCUAAUGUCAACGCGGACGCCAAGGUCUAUGGCAGAGGUCCUGGUGGGUGCAUUCCGGAGAGCAAGUGGCACAUUCUCGCGGAGGAGAAUGUGGCGCCGUCCAUCUCGCGUACCCCUGCGGAGUGGUGCCGUUUCUAUGAACAUCCUGUAUAUGGGCCUGGUGCUAGCUGGCAUUUCUGUGCGACAAGCAACCGCCCGUUUGCCAACCUCGCUUUCCAGCUGACUCUUCUUCGUGGGCUUGCCAGCAAGCGUGCAACCAUGCUGCACGUGAAGAUCCCUACUGUGGGCUACAUCCUAAACGUGGUGGAGUGGCCCUUGGUGAACGCAAGGGGGCGCCAGAACCCGUCUCUUGACACUGCGGAGGCAGUGAACCGCCAGAAUGUGGCGCACAAGAUCGACCAGGUGGUUGCCUGGAUUGCGGCAACGUACAACGCCGGGGAUGUGGCUAUUUGGGACUCCAGGCCCCCUGCUGGCUUCAACAUGGGCCCCAGGAUCAAGAUCCUGGUGGAGGGCUAUGAAAGGGAGAUUUUCCCUAAUGGAACCCCACCUUACAAGUCCUAG